AAACUUGCCUUGACAACGACUAGUCUGGAUUUGGGGGAGAAAGCUUUGCCGAGUUUGAUCAUGGAGCAUGGGAACCACUGCAUAAGUCUACAGUCUUUAUUUUACGUUGUCCGCUUGAUAUUUGUGUUUGGGGUUUCCUUGUCUCUGGCUGAUCAAUGCGACAUUAGUCAAAACGAAAAGUUACAGUGCGGUAACUCUGACGUCACCCGAGCUGAUUGUGAAGCUAAGAGCUGUUGCUUUGAAGAACAGCAGUGCUAUUAUGGGAAUACAGUGACUGUCCAGUGCACCAGGGAUGGUGAAUUUGUGGUUGUGGUGACCAGAGAUGUCACCAUACCUCAGCUUGCCCUUUCCUCUGUCAGUCUGCUGGGGGGCAGUGAUUCACCCUGCAGCCCCGUCAGCACCACUCCUGCCUUUGCCAUAUUCCAGUUCCCAGUCACUGCCUGUGGCACUAGACUGAAGGCUGAAGAGGGCUAUGUAGUGUAUGAAAAUGUGAUGUCCUCCACGUAUGACAUGGUGCCUGGACCUUCUGGCUCAAUCACCAGGGACAGUGCCUACAAACUUCUCUUUCAGUGCUGGUGUUUGGGCAGUGACAUUGUUCCACUGGUGGCUGAAGUUGGCACAGUUGCCCCACCUCUCCCUGUAAUGGCUCCUGGACCUCUUCGUGUAGAACUCAGGUUGGCAAGAGAUUCUGAGUAUGACUCCUACUAUGGUGAGAUGGACUACCUUGUUACCAAAAUCCUGCGGCAGCCAGUGUUUGUGGAAGUACGUGUUUUGGAGAGGACAGAUCCCAACAUUGCACUGUCACUGGGAGACUGCUGGGCAACUUCCACCCCCAGCCCUGACAGUGCACUGCAGUGGACCCUUCUGGUUAAUGGGUGUCCAUACAAAGACGAUAAUCUUAUGACGACAUUGGUGCCUGUCGACGGUUCCUCUGGACUCCCAUACCAAACCCACUACAAACGGUUCAUUGUCCACAUGUUAGCAUUUGUGGAUGCUGGCCACCUGAUUCACCUCAAAGAGAGAGUGUUCAUCCACUGUAGUGCUGCAGUUUGCCGCUAUUCUGCUUUGAAAAGCAUUGAAGAGAGGUGCAACAGGCAAAGAAGACAUGUUUCUGAAGCACAGAAGGCCCCCUCCAUGCAAACUGUGGUUGUUUCCAGUCGGGAAGUGACCCUCACUGGCACAGAAUUCUCAACUUCAAACCAGACUCAGAACAGUUCUAAUAAUGAAGGAAAAGGUGAUACCAUAGUGCAGGACUCUAUGGAAAAGGCAGAGGUUUCCAUUAGCAAAAUGAAGCUUACUGACCCAAACCUUACAGUGCCAGACUUCAGGGAAUCUCACAGUGCAGAUCACCAGUCUUUCAACUAUAACUUGCUAGCACUGGCUGUAUUGACUGUAAUCAUUGCCUGUGCUAUCAUGGUUUCUGUGUGGCGAUCAAGAGCUUUGUUAAAAAAUGACUGUAAUUUGUAA